AUGGGGAUCGAUCGUGAAAGCCUCACCGGGCUCGGGAUUUGGGGCAAUGGUGUUCCCAUGACCCGAAACAGAAACCAGAGCUUGGAGAUGCUCAGCUUCAACAUCCUCACAUGUCAGCUUCGCAGCACAAUGCGAAUUCCAGUUUUCGUCAUUCAGAAACAUUGGCUAGCCCAUGGGGGAUCUACAUGGGAUGCUGUCAUGGAUGUGCUUCGGUGGUCUUUGACACGUGCAACUUCUGGUCAAAUGCCAAAGUACGAUCACACAGGUCUGCAGCCGCUGAAGGAACCAUGGAGAAAACAAAGGGCAUUGAUCCAUACGCCUCGAAGUGUUUUGCUGGAAAUACGAGGCGACUGGGCUUUUUUCAAGCAGGAAGACUCCGUGGCAGGCACUCAUGGCUGCCCUUGCACAAGCCCCAUUUUCGCAGCACCGUAUGUUGGAACUGAGUGCGUCCAAAUGGAUUGGUUGCAUGUGGUGGACAUAGGAAUUGCUUUGCAGUUCCUGGGAUCCAUAAUGAAAUACUUCUGCUCGAAGUUUCAAGGGACGUUUGACGAGCAGGUUCGAGAAUUUUUUCGCUGCAUUUUGGAGUUCUAUGAUGUCCAGGCCGUGGAAUACAGGUUGGACCAUCUAAAGCCUUCAAUGAUCAAGGGUCUUAAGAAGAAGUUCCCCAAGCUUAGAGCAAAAGCUGGGGAAUCGCGAUGCCUGGUGCCUUGGGCUGCACAGGUGGCUGAUGCCCUUAGGGAUGCUGGCAACGAGGUGGAACAGACCAUGUACAAGUGUGCCUGGCAUUUCAACAAAUGCUAUGAGCAACUGAGUAGCAAAACGUUCGAUGCUACUGUUUUGGCCGAGCAUGGAGUUGCAUUCGCAAAUCUCUAUGUCGCUCUGCAUGAGCAUUUCACGGUGCCAGGAGUCUGCCUCUUCAAAGUGACUCCUAAACUGCAUCUCUUUUGCGAAAUCAGCUAUCGAGGCCGGGAUUGCUCCAGUGUGCACUGGUCAUACCGAGAUGAGGAUUGGGGCGGGAAGAUGGCUGUUCUUGCAGCCAGCAAAGGAGGAGCCAACACCCCGAAUGCCUUGGCCAAUGCUUUCUUUUCUCGUUUCACCUCGGGGCAUAAAGUUCCUGUGCUUUGA